AGCUCACUUCAAAUCAAAUCAAAUCAAAUUUUAUUUGUCACAUACACAUGGUUAGCAGAUGUUAAUGCGAGUGUAGCGAAAUGCUUGUGCUUCUAGUUCGGACCGUGCAGUAAUAUCUAACAAGUAAUCUAACAAUUUCACAACAACUACUUUAUACACACAAGUGUAAAGGAAUGAAUAAGAAUAUGUACAUAACAAUAUUGAAUUGAACCAGCAUUGCUGUGCUUGCACAGUAUAUCUAUUUUUCCCUUCAUCAAAUAAAAUAAAAUGACUUACUGAGGGUUUUAGUUAUUGUAAAAACCUCUUAGAUUGAUGUUUACUCAGAAUAAGAAGUGUUUGUGUACGAGCGUUCAGCAGUUUGUGAACAAAGACACUGCUGUAAUCAUUGGAAUGGCAGGUUCAUGUUUGAUUGAAUUCCAGACAGUUAUAAUUAAUUGAUGGUGCACUGUUCUUGGCACAGCUAAAACCAGACCCAAGCCAUCACAUUCCCUAUUGUGGAUUACCUUAUGUUAAAUUCUCUUUACCUCUUUUGUACCAGAGUCAGUAGACCAACAAGUGCUUAGUGCCCCAGUGACUAUUUUUAAGUGUGUCAUUUUUAACGCCUUCCUGUGCUUGCUCUAUCAGGGGCUCGAACAGAUUUAGCUCCAACUUGUGAAAGGUGUCAGUCAGAACUGAGCCCUUUGAAGCCCAAAACAGUAUUUGUAAUCAACACACACUAAUACCCAUAUGUUUGCCAAAAGCUAGUUGAAUAGUACACGUGUUAUUUUGUGUCAAACUUAAAUCUGGUGGACACACACACUCGAGGAGUACUAGUAGGCUACACCCCAACCACUGUUGUUGGCUAGUGUCAUCUAUGCAUGUUGACCAAAAUGUAGUCGAAGCCUGCACAAAAGGUUGAGCAAAGGUUAUUUCAAAGUUGUUUAAAGGACAAUUUGACCAAUUUUUAACCUCAUAUGAAUUAAUCUCCAGCACUGUACAAGUGUCUACAUAUGUGAACAUUGUGUAUUUAUACGUUCUUCUGGUUAAAACGAUAAGAAGAAAUGCUCAAUAUCAAUUAGGAUUACAUGAAAAGAAAACAUUUUCAAAACCUGCAAACUGUUCUAGCCAGGGAAAGGGCAUGUUCCUUCUCCUCAAAUCCCCAUGAGUCUCAUAGUGUUUGAAAAUCACUGUUUUUAAAAUGCUUUUACUUUUAGCUACAUCAUUACUUUUUAACACUAAAUUUCAUUUUCACAUAUGGAGACACUGGUGUAGUGCUGGAGAUAAAGAAUUUGAAGUUGAAAAGUGAUGGAAUUUCCCUUUAAAUACUACAAUUGGUGACAAUUUGUUCAUGGUUUGUACAUUCACAACAUAAAAGUACUUAAAUGCCAUAAUAUUAUUGGAUGGUUAACACAUGGUUAAUAAAGUAUUCACAGUAUUUAUAGUGAAUGAAUGGUACAUAUACAUUUUUGUUCAACAGUGUUGGUGAUUAUAGUUUUUCUGUAUUCAUAAACAGACCAACACAUCAGUCUCAAAUAACACAUCAGCCUCAAAUAACCUGUGAAUGAAAGUCAUUUGUUCAGAUAGAAAAAGUCCAACUGGAUUAAUAGCCUAUUGAAGAAGUGACAAUAUGUAUACUUCAAUGUGAGGCAGUUUUUCCUUAUCAUUAUAGAAUUCCAUUACCAUUGUAUUUAAAAAGACCAUUUGCACACAGUCAAUGAGAGGGGCUGCAGUAAUUGGCACAAGCCGGAAACCAAACAUGCCCCAUUUGGCUGGCCAGUUGAAUGCCAUUGGUCUAUUAGACAACUCAUUUGCAUAAAUCAAGGUUUAUAGGUCAAUGCUCUCUUUGGACUGGGUCCAAUCUAGUUGGUCGUGGCAAGCGAGCUCAACAUCACAACAAGUUUACUUCCAGCUCGUUUUCUUUAUUACGUUGUAUUUCGUCAUCUUCAUUGACCUUUAAAAUGGGAUUCUGCUGGAUUCGAGGAGUUGGUGACUGCGUGGUGCUUGCUGUUCUGUUCUACUCGGUUCAGUCUACAACUACGAGGUACUGCACGUUUGAAGAGGAUGCGCCCGGGUCAGAGAUUGGAAAUCUGUCUCAGGAUUUAAAGAUAGACCCAGCAGAGGACCCUGGAACAUCUUUCCGCUUCAUGCAGGAGACCAAUUCGUCUGUGAUUCAAAUGAGGGAGAUUGAUGGACUUUUAGCAGUUGGGGAAACGAUUGACCGAGAGCAUCUCUGCCCAAGGUCCCCCCGGUGCUUUGUCACUUUCGACAUAGUUGCUUUCUCCAAAGAAAAGUUUCAGCUGAUUCACGUGGAGAUCGAGGUAAAGGACAUCAAUGAUAACUCACCCCACUUCCUCCACAAAGAGACGACCCUUGAGAUAUCCGAGAAUGUUCAGGUGGACUCACGAUUCCCGUUGGACAUCGCUGUUGACCAUGAUGUCGGCAAUAACUACAUCCAACGUUACCAUAUCUCUCCCUCCAGCCAUUUUAUAGUUGAUGUGCGCAGCAGGGAGGAUGGAGUGAAGUAUGCUGAACUUGUGCUUGUGAAAGCAAUGGACAGAGAGGCUGAAGAUUCCUACACAAUUGAAGUGACGGCAACAGAUGGCGGAGAGCCACCCAGAUCCGGAUCAAUGACUGUUCAUAUCAAAGUGCUGGAUUUUAAUGACAACAGCCCAACGUUUGAGCACAACUCACUAAAAGUUGAACUUUAUGAGGAUUCACCCAUAGGUUACCAAGUGCUGAAAGUGCAUGCGUUUGACCCAGAUGCUGGCAUCAAUGGCGAGGUAGUGUAUGGAUUUGUAGAAGACACAUCAUCUGAAGCAAUGCGCAUUUUUAAUGUAGACCGAAUUUCCGGUGCUGUAACUUUAAAAACAUUGGUUGAUUAUGAGAAGCAGAGGUCUUAUGAAUUGAACAUUAAAGCAUCCGAUUUAGGCACAAAUUCUAUUCCAUCAACCUGCAAAGUUGUUGUUGAUGUUGUAGAUGUAAAUGAUAACGCACCAGAAAUCACUAUCAAGCCAAUGACCUCGACUAGUGAUGGUGUAGCUUACAUCACGGAGGCCGCAGCGGAGGAAAGUUUUGUUGCGCUGAUCAGCACCUCGGACAGUGACUCUGGCUCGAACGGUUACGUGCGCAGCAGCCUACACGGCCACGAUCAUUUCAAGCUGCAACAGGCCUACGGGGACACUUUUAUGAUUGUAACAACCACCACUUUAGAUAGAGAGAAGAUCCCAGAGUAUAACCUCACUGUAGUCGCUGAAGACCUCGGAACACCACCUUUCAAAACAGUGAAGCAGUAUACCAUCAGAGUGACCGACGAGAACGACAACGCCCCCCUCUUCAGUAAAUCCAUUUAUGAAGUUUCUGUCCUGGAAAAUAAUAUCCCUGGGUCAUAUAUAACUACUGUUGUAGCACGUGACCUUGAUAUGGGUAAAAAUGCCAAAGUAUCAUACAAACUAAUUGAUUCAGAUGUUGUGGGUGAGGCCUCCAUUUUGACUUAUGUGUCUAUCGACCCAGUGUCAGGGUCAUUGUAUAGUCUGAGAUCUUUUGAUUUUGAAACCGUCCAACAGAUUGAAUUAACCAUCCAGGCUGAUGACAAGGGCUCACCUCAGCUGUCAAGCACAUCCAUGAUCAGAAUCAAAGUGGUUGAUCAGAACGACAACUAUCCCUAUUUCACCUUUCCUGUUAUGCUGAAUGACUCUGCUGAAGUUCCUCUUCCUGUCAAUGCACCACUGGGGUACCUGGCCCUAUGGGUCAAGGGUCAGGAUGAGGAUGAGGGCAUGAAUGGUGAGCUCAGCUUCAGAAUCGUACAAGGUGACUCUAACCUAUUUUCAAUCAAUAAAGACACUGGAGAAAUAGCUCUUAAACAGGGGCUGGCCUCUGCUAUUGGAAAUGUUUUGGAAAUCAAAAUUGCAGUGAGUGACAAUGGGAGAUCCCCCCUCUCCAGCAGUGCCACCAUUCACUUUGUUGUCACAGAUUCGCAGCUCUCAGACGACCAAGUUGUCAUUGUACUACGUUCAACUGAUGAGGAAGACGCAGGCUUGGAUGUUUCAGUAGUAGUUAUCAUAAUGCUCGGUGGGGGUUGUGCUCUGCUGCUGAUUGCCAUAGUGAUUGUUGUUAUCACAUGCAAGUUGAAUCAAGGAGGGAAGGAUCAAGACUCCAAGAGAGACGUGUCUCACGUCCUGUUUGACUCCAGGCAUCAUCCCAGGCUCAACUCUGCAGAACCCAACAUGUACGGUGGACCAAGAGGUUUCCUCAAUGAAAGGACCUCUUCAUCUCUUGAUGAGUCCAGCCUGUAUGAGGAGAAAAAUGGAGACUUGGAGUCACAGAUGUUCCUGCCUCCUAAGCCUUUCCUACCAACAUCUAUGUGGCAAGGGGAAAAAUACUGCCUGCAAAUGAGUGGCAUUGACCAGCAGAGCGUAAAGGACAGUGGCAAGGGAGACAGUGACUUCAAUGACAGUGACUCUGACAUCAGUGGGGAUGGAGGCAAGAGGAACCUCAGCACCUUCCAGCCCUGGGCCAAAAGCUCCUUCCAUGCCACUAACACCCUCGCAGUGGAUUGUCAAGGCACUUACUGUGUAAUACCAACCCAAAGCUUCCAGGCCCCACUAGAAAAUGCAUACACAAUUGGCUUUUCCCAAGCACCGGUGUACAACAAUCCCCAUGCCUAUCCCCACUCCUGGAAAGACUUUGGCUAUAGCACUAGCAUUCCCAAAGCAAGAAACACCAUGCAGACGUUCUCUCAUCACACAGGUACACUCCCCUCUUACUUCGCCCAUCAGAAAAGGCAAUCUGCUGCCGGACUUGCUGAAAUUCAGGAGCACAACCAAGAUAUUACUACAGUGGCAACCAUAUCUGAAGUUGCCACCAUUUUUUAAACACCCUGCCAAGUAAAUAUACAGAUGGUUAUUUAUAGAUAUGCACUAGAUUCUACAGAUACUGGUUAAACUGAUAGACAUAUGGACAUUUCAUGUAUGAAAAGGAAAGCAACUUGAUGCAUAAUGAAAACAGCUGAUGUAUAUUUUCUUUGAUUCAAUUGUGAAGAUGUAGGUUGUGUAUAUAUUGAUAUUCUUAUUGUAUGAACAUUUGUAAAAAAAUAAAUGUGUUUGUUUAAUGAAUAAACACAAUAUUAAAUCAAUGAGAGAUACAGUAUGUGCAUAAUUGUUUAUGAGAUAAGACCAUUUCCCUGUCAUCUUGUUUAGCAUGACUUUUCUCUUAUGGUCACACACCAAGAACUUUACCCACUGGGCUUGACUUCCCCAUGAACUCAUAUAUAUAGUUCCUUCAGAGUAUUUACACCCCUUGACUUUUUCCACAUUUUCUUCUUUCUUUCUGUGUUACCGCCCUAAUGUCAA